UGCACGUAUUUUAGUAAGAAAAAGACCGAUCAUGUUGUGGCAUGCAUGCGCUGUACUGUAGUAGAACGUACAAAUUGUACGAUGCACACCUGUAGGCUGAACGUUAAUUAUCUGAUCAUGUCGAUAUGUCUGUCAUCUAUGCGCGGUUUGCAUUUCUAGUUAGUACAAGGACGUCGGUCGCUGCCCGGGACAGGCCGAGUGGUGGCGAGAACACGGCGUAGUUCUGCGUCGGAGCCAGUCAACCGGUUGCGUCCGUGCGUGCAUGCGUGUAGGUGUAGCAACACGGCAGGACAGAGCCGCAAGACACCACCCGUUAACGAUGUUGUCGCUUCGCUUUGACACAUAGCAAUACAAAUACUUGCACCGAUCCUCAUUUCUGCAUUGUUAAGCAACUUAAUCAAUCCACCACAUAAAAAGCACCUGCGCGCGUAUAAUCCCAUUCACGAAAGCUGUUGCACUGCACCAUUGGGUCAGAGAACGGGUGGCAGCAUGUUCGACUGUUUCGGAGCAUGCAUGCAUCACCUUCAUCAUCAAGCAGCGCAGGACCCCAAGCCCCUGAUGAUGACGCCGUCGUCGAGCUUCGACUUCCGCGAGGAGUACACCAGCACGUUCCGCACCGAGUCCUACAACGACUUCUGGGCGCGCGUCCUGGACGUCACCCUCGCGCACGGCGCGGGGCUGGUGCCGCGCCCGGGCGGCGGCAAGGCGUCCAACCGCCUCCCUUCCUACCGCCUCUUCGCCGAGCACCUCCUCGAGCCGGAGCAGCGCGACGUAGGAGCGGCCCUCGAGUCCGCGCGCAAGGGACGGCUCAACCCGGACGUCCUCGGCCUCCUCGCCACCUACUACAACGAGACGGCCAACGCGUCCUUCCUGUGCAGCCACCUGCUCAAGGACAUCGAGCAGAUACGCCUCCGCUACCGCCCGCUCAAGAACACGCUCCGCAAGCUCGCCCGCGACGUCGGGGUGUCAAGCCUCGCCGACGUCUCGGCCGCCCUCGGCCAGCCGUUCACCGCGCUGGCCGUGUCGCAGGGCAAGCUCAGGCAGGUGCAGCUCAGCUCCACCGAUCUCCUCAAGAGCCUCGACUCCAGCAGGAAGAAGGCGCGCCUCCGGAUCAAGAGCCUCGCCCGGCUCAGGCAAGUGCUCUCAGUCUCGUUCAUCACGGUCGUCGCCGUCGUGGCUGUUGUCGGCGCAUGCAUCGGCGUGCACAUCUUGGCCGCAUUCGCGGCUUUCCCAAUGAUGUCGCCGGCGUGGAUGGGCCUUUUCUCCGGCCGGACAGUGAGGCGAGCUCUGGUGCAGCUGGAGGCCGCGGCCAAGGGCACGUACAUACUGAACCGGGACAUGGACACCAUAAGCCGCCUCGUGGCGCGGGUGCGCGACGAGGGGGAGCACAUGCUCGCGCUGCUGCAGCUGUGCGUGGAGCACCGCGCGGCGCCCGGCGACAAGGGGAGGCUGGUGCAGGAGGUGUUGAAGCAGCUGUGCAAGAACGAGGAGAGCUUUAGGCAGAAGCUGGACGAGCUAGAGGAGCACCUCUUCCUGUGCUUCAUGACCAUCAACAAGGCCAGGAGCAUGGUGAUGAAGUUCAUAGCUGCUGCAGAGCAGAGUUCGGGUUGACCAGGAGAAAGAAAAACGCGUGCUCGUAGGACAGACUUUAGCCUGUGUACAUAUACUAGUUCUCUUUCCCCAGUACAGAAGAAAAGCAAAAAGAUAGACGAAGAUUUCCCAGUACAGGCCUAUCUGCUUUUUGUUU